UAUAUAUAUAAUGUUUCAAACCAUUUAUAUUUAGGAGACUAUCUUUGCUCCUUUCCUUUUCUCAUUCCGUCUCUUUCAUUCUUUCAUCUUAUCUAUGCUGUAUAAUUAUGUGUAUAUAUAUAUAUAUAUACAUGCAUGUGUGACGUGUGUACGGUGGUGUGACAUAUAUAUAUACACAGCAUACAUGCGUACCGUUCAAUGAUACAUUCAUAUAUAAUUACGUAUAGUAUAGAUUUGAAGGAGAGAGUGAAUCGGUAGGUCGCCAGAGGUCAGACGUGUCUCGUUUACGUACGUUGCUCCUGCAACAAAGCUUCGCGGGAAGAUACGCGAUGUUUUACCCUUUGCAAGUUCUCCCUUCUCGGCGACGAGGAUCAUACCCGAAAUAGAUACGUCCCCCUUGGCGAUUGUAAUUCGAGCCGACUCCCCGUUAUAGCACUUUCUUCGCGACGACUAUUUUCGUACGUACCGCUCUUACCGCGCGGUAUCUUUUCAUCGUCCACGCGCGCGAGACGCAGAAAGUGCUUACGAACGCAGCAACGUGUUUUUUAACGUUCUUCUUUGGAUACCACCCACGUAUUUAUUUUGCACAUCGUUUUUAGAGUUCCUUCGAAGGAAUAACGAUACGAACAAACGAACAUUUCAAUGUUAUCGUUUUGUCUUCAACAAAGGAGACAAUUGAAAAAUAAUUGAUGAAAUUGAACUGCGCAAUAUUUUUGUCAAAAUAAAUAAUAUUGAGUAUUUUUUAAUCGUAUAAAAAGAAAAGUAGGAGAAUAUAAAAAAGUUCGAUCGUUCGAUAUCAUCGAGAGGAAGAAUUAAAUUCGAAUCAACGUUGAUACUUAACCAAUAAAGAAUUAUUUUUGGAAGAGAAGAAGGUUUAACUUUUUCACAAAAGCGUUUACACGUACGUACCAUAGUUUGAAACUAAGAAGUUAUUUUUAUACUGAAAGAGAGAACGUGUCAAAGGGCAAGGCUAUAGUGCUUGAGGUGUUUGUCCUAGCUAGCUUCUAUGCCAGUUUCCUUUCGACAGUGCUACGUGCAAGGCGUGACUCUAGAGCAUUCUUAAUCUGUGAGUUCUUAUGAAUAUAUUGUAAUUUUUGAGCAUCAAUGUUCGAUGCACUUUGUGAGAAGUGGUCAGUGACAUAUUGCUGUAUUUUUUAUAUACAUACAUAUUUAUCUAAAAUUCAUUGAUAUAAAUAAAGCAGCAAUAUGAGUAUUCCAGAGGAUGUAAAAAAAUGCGUUGCCAUUUUAAAGUCGGUUAAUACCGACUCUGAAAAGUUUGCAGUUCUUUUCAUGGUAACUAAAUUAGUAAAUGCCAAAGAUUGUAAUCUAGCUGCUAAGCAAAUGCUUUUUGAAGCUAUUGGUACAAAAUUUGUAAAGAAAUUAUUAUCAAGCGACACAGUUCCUGUCGAUUGUCCGGCACAAGUGUACAAAUCAGUAGCAUUAUCCAUCCUUUCUGCCUUUUGUGGAGAGUCAGAAUUAGCAUCUCAUCCAGAUAUGAUAACACAUGUUCCUGCUCUUCUUGAAAUUAUUUCUCAAGCUGAUGAAGAUGCAGCUGAUGACAUGUUAAUUAUUGUUAGCGAAGCUUACAGAUGCUUACAAAGCAUUGCACAAUUUUUACCAGGUCAAAAGAUACUCCUGGAACAUAAAGCAAUAUCUAAAAUGUGUGACAUUUAUUCUGAGAAAAGUUUUCAAACGGAUGAAGCUCUAGACAUUUUGGUUACUUUAGUUGGAAGAUAUGGUCCAGAUGCUUGGGAUGCAACAGAUACAGUACCAUUCCAUGCAAUUAUGAAUAAAAUUGCAUGUGAUUUUGAAACAGAUCACACAGAGAGAAAAUUUAAAUUAUGUAGUAUCUUGCAGGCAUUAUUGAUUUCUUGCAGAAAAGAAUUAAUAUCAAUGACUGCAAAAGAUGAAUCUUGGCCUCUUAGUAUCCACAAAGGAUUAAGCGAUAUUCUUGGUUCAAAGAUAGGGAAAAAUCAACGAGAUCCAGCUUUGAAAUUAGCUUCAGUUAUGAUGGAGCUAUUAGGUGCUGAAUGGACCAUGUUAAAUAAGGAAAAACCAAAGAUACUUAUACUAUUAUUAAUUCAGUUAGGAUCAAUAGAAGUUAGAAUGCAAUUGGAAGGUCAUCAGCUUAAAACUGUUGUUGCAAAUGGUGAAUUAGUUACAGCUUGUUUUGCAAUUCUUGAAAUUUCUCUCAUGUAUAUUAUCUCAGAUCAAUUAGAUCUAGAACAAAAAGAAAAGCAAUCUUUAUAUACAGCUUUGAAAGGUGCUUUUGCUGCUAUUAUUGGCCUAUUAAAUUCAGUAUCAAAAAUGAAAGAAUUGACUGAUAUCAAGGAACGUAUUUUCGUUUGUGCAAUGGUUAGAGUACUUGCAGCAUGGCUAGCACAAGAAACAACUGCAAUGAGGCCGCAAGUUUAUGCGGUAUUGCCAUUUGUAUUAACAAUAGCCAAUGAUACAUUUUAUGCCUACCGUAAUAGAAAACUUGCAGAAAAAGCAAAAGCAGGUGCUAAAGGUGGAAAUAUCAAAAAUGAAGAAGGAUCAUCCUCUGUUGAAUCAGUACCACGUGAUCCAUUAAGUGAAAUUGAUUUAUUAAGAUUGCUUCUACCAGCUUUGUGUUAUUUAGCAGUAGAAGAGGAUGCUAGAAAAAUUUUACUUACUCACAAACAAGAUGAAAUCUUAUUUGAAAGUUUAUCUUAUCAUUGGACAAUAGUACAUUAUAAAAAACCACCAGUUCCAAGAUCGGAACGCUUAAAAGCAUUGAAAGAAACAGAUAAAACAGAUGAAUUGGACUUACAAACUUUAGAAGAAAUGAAGGAUUCAAGGACAGCAAUGGUUUCUAUAUGCAAUGUUUUAAUGAAUAUAACUGUGUUAGAAGCCAAAUUAGUAGAGGAAUCUCCCAUAUAUAUUUCUUUAUUGAAAUUCAUUUUCAAUAAUCUUCCAGAAUUGAAACAAAUGCCAGACAAUUUAGUUCUUCAUGGUCAUUUAGCAGUUUUAGGACUGUUAUUAUUAAAACAACAAGCAAAGCGUAUUAAGAAGAAUGAUUUUUCAAUAUGCCGUUAUAUUCAAGCUACUAUUAGAUUUUUAUGGGAUGCAUAUAUAAUAGAUGAAAGUAAUGAUCCAACUGAAUUAGUUGUUGCUAUGUCCUAUAAAGAACGUUGGAUGGAACUUAUGGAGCUCUGGUUUCUUGGAAUGCAAACAAUGGCUGGAGUAUUACAAGUAAUACCAUGGUUAUCACAAUUUACAAUUGAAUCUGGAUGGGCAGAAGAAAUUAUUGAAACUUUGAAAAAAGUUAAAAUAGGUAGUUUACAACCAAAUGUAAAAUCUGCUUUUGAAGAUCUACUAUGUCAUCUGGUACAGGCAGAUCAAGGUGUUGCAGCAGUUUUGAAGAAAUGUGGAGCAUUGACAGUUUGCAGAAAUCAUCGCAUGAUGGAACUUGGAAAACAUUUGUUUGGAGAUUAAAAUUAAAUUCUUUAAUAAUUUAUAUAUAUAUAUAUACAUAUACACACACAUAUAUAUAUAUCAAUUAAAAGUAAUUUUUAUUAAUUUUUGCAAGAUUCUAUAUGCUUUGUACAAUUA